AUGAGUCUCUCUCUCCUUCUCUCUCUCUUCAUUCAGACGCGAGUCACGCCCGGUAAAUUCAGUCGCGCGAGCGUCACGUGCUCUGAGUUAAGGCAGCAGGAGUCGGGUUCGCGCGGUCAGUCUGACGCUCGCUCGCGCGCUGUGUGUCGGUGAUGGACGCGUCGGAGCGGCGGUGAGCGGCAGCGGCUCCGUGAUGCGGCGGUGUGUGACUUUACUGGUGAUCAUACUGACGGCGGGAAUCUGAUUACGUAAUCCCGAUCACAUGUAACCCAGCACUGUGACGAAAUGUAAUCAGCUCUAGUGAUCACAAAUAAACCAACCACAUCCCCUCGCAUCACUGAUGAUGUCACCCCGGCCCGCAGGCGUGAGCGCGGCGCUGCAGAUCCAGUGCUAUCAGUGUGAGGACGUGCGGCAGGACGACUGCUCCGCGCCCGAGUUCAUCGUCAACUGCACCGUCAACGUGCAGGACAUGUGCCAGAAGGAAGUGCUGGUCAUGGAGGACGGGAUUCACUACAGGAAGUCGUGCGCGUCGUCGGGAGCGUGUCUGAUCGCGUCCUCGGGAUAUCAGCAGUUCUGCACGGGGAAGCUAAACUCCGUCUGCAUCACCUGCUGCAACACGCCGCUCUGCAACGGCCCGCGGCACAAGAGGAGAGCGCUGUCCCGCGCGUCUGCACUGCCCACGCUCGCUCCCGCCGCGCCGCUGCUCGCCUCCAUCCAGCUGUUCCUCUGGACCUGCGCGCACUGACACUGUCACAGACUCUGACGUGAUGACGCUUCAUAUGGGAACGGACUGUGUGUGUGUGUGUGUGUGGGUGUGUGUGUGUGUGUGUGUGUAUGAGAGAGUUACUAGAUGAACAAACACAGAAUCCCUGAACUGUUAGAGAACUGUGGAAGAAGGAAGUUUGUCCACGAAGCUUGAACGUCACGUGAUGAACGUCUGCCUGCGUUUCUGUCUCCAAAGUGCUUCCCUUCAAUCUCGUUAUUAGUGGGCGGGGCUCUUCAUGUAAUCCCACCAAUCGCAGCACACUCUGCACACACAUAGAGAAACAUUACAGCAGGACAAUCCUCUUGUCAUCUAGGAGAAUUAUCGCUGUUUAUAUAAUUGUACCAUUUCAAGUUCUUACAUGAUAAACAACAACUUGAAUUCUAUAUAAUUGUAAUAUAAUUCUGUUUAGGCACAAAGCUUUAAGGUCUUGUUAUGGAACAUUUUCUACACUUCACUGGUCACACUGGGGCAUGUUGUCACACCAACGAAAACUGACAGACUUGUUAAAACACGACAACCUGACAUCUGUAUCACAAAGCAUUAUACAGUUUGGUUAAAAUCUUCCUUUAUGACAGAAAGAUGAGUGUUAGAGAGAGAUUUAACAGGCCUGGUCACCGCUGUACGUAAUACACUCAGUCUUUAUUAUUAUUAUUAUUAUUAUUAUUAUUUUAAGAGCAUGAGAAUGAUGUAGUGACCGAAACAUGAUGGCAGCUCUGCUCACUCUGGACAAACUUCAUGCUGUAACAGACGAUCAUUAAACAAACACCUGACGUGUGUGAAUACACUGACA